UAGAAAAUGGGUAUUGUUGAUUUUGUUUUAGAUUAUGUAACAGAUAAUUUUGGUUCAAGAAAAAAGAAGAAGAGAAAGCCAAACCAGGUAGAAAUCAAGGUGAAGAUGGACUGUGAUGGGUGUGAGAGGAAAAUUAAAAAUGCUGUUUCUUCCAUCAAAGGAGUGAAGUCAGUGAAGGUGGACAGGAAGCAAAGUAAGGUAACAGUGAAUGGAUAUGCUGAGCCAACAAAGGUCUUAAGAAAGGUGGAAAGCACAGGAAAGAAGGCUGAGCUUUGGCCUUAUGUUCCAUACAACUUUGUGGCUUAUCCUUAUGUUGCUCAGGCCUAUGACAAAAAGGCGCCCCCCGGCUACGUCAAGAACGCCGCUCAAGCCUUUCCCAUCGCCGAUGCGCCCGACCAGAGGUUGACAAUGAUGUUCAGUGAUGAAAAUCCACACGCAUGUUCUAUUAUGUAGCAAAAUAUAAAUAUGGUGUAUACAUAUAUAUAUGUAUGUAUUUUAAUUUUGUUCAAGAGAAAGGUGGUGGUAGUGAUUAAGGGUAAUGUUUA